UUCUCAGCUCUGUAAACUUCGCCUCCCACUGGGUGGAGUAGGGCCUUUAAGAGCAGUGGGAAUGCAGUUCCCCUGAUCAGUGUAGCCAGUUGUUGCCUGUCUGAACCUCUGCCAGUCCUGGAGAGCAGUGCUCUGAGCUCAGGCCAGCGGGCCUCUCUCUGCAGCCCCACUGCCGUCCUUCUUGCCGGAGAAGCACGUUCCCACCUGUCCAGCCAUGGGGGAGGACCUUGCACAAGCUGAGAAGUUUCAGCACCUGGGCUCUGCCACGUGGCAAGAGAAGCCAGCCAGCCCCAGCCUAGCGCCCUCCUCCACGCCGAGCCCCAGCCUGAACCUGGGGAGCACCGAGGAGGCCAUCCGGGACAACGCGCAGGUGAACGCCGUCACAGUGCUCACGCUCCUGGACAAGCUGGUGAACAUGCUGGACGCGGUGCAGGAGAACCAGCACCAUAUGGAGCAGCGGCAGAUCAGCCUCGAGGGCUCCGUGAAGGGCAUCCAGAACGACCUCACCAAGCUCUCCAAAUACCAGGCCUCCACCAGCAACACGGUGAGCAAGCUGCUGGAGAAGUCCCGCAAGGUCAGCGCUCACACCAGGGCGGUCAGGGAGCGCAUGGACAGGCAGAGCGCGCAGGUGAAGCGGCUGGAGAACAACCACGCCCAGCUCCUCAGGCGCAACCAUUUCAAAGUGCUCAUCUUCCAGGAAGAAAAUGAGAUCCCUGCCAGUGUGUUUGUGAAAGAGCCGGCUUCCAGCCCAGCGGAAGAGAAGGAGGAGGUUGCUGAUGAAAACAAGUCUCUGGAGGAAACCCUGCACACGGUGGACCUCUCCUCAGAUGAUGAAUUGCCCCACGAUGAGGAGGCCCUGGAAGACAGUGUGGAGGAAAAGAUGGAAGAAAGUAGGGCAGAGAAAAUAAAAAGAUCUAGCCUCCGGAAAGUGGAUAGCCUCAAGAAAGCAUUUUCUCGCCAGAACAUCGAGAAAAAAAUGAACAAGCUGGGCACAAAGAUCGUAUCUGCAGAGAGGAGAGAGAAGAUUAAGAAAUCCCUCACUUCCAAUCACCAGAAGAUAUCCUCUGGGAAAAGCUCCCCCUUCAAGGUUUCUCCCCUCACCUUCGGUCGAAAGAAAGUCCGAGAGGGAGAGAGCCCCGCAGAAAAUGAGACCAAGUCAGAAGACAUGCCUAGCAGCGACCAGAUAGUGGAUGAGCCGGAAGAGAGCUCAAUCGCGGAGGGUCUCUCUGAAACGUCCCAGCCCAGUGCUGCGGGGGAAGGGAAGAGCAAGGAGGGGGAUGCAGGGAGGGCAGCCUCCAGGGGGAGCAACUCGGGCUUGGAUAGCAACAUCGACUUGACAAUUAAGGAAGAUGAAGAAGAGGAGUCGGUGGCCGUGGAACAGGCCCAGAAGGUUCGCUAUGAGGGGGGCUACCUGCUAACGUCUGAGGAUGCAGAGCGGUCCGAUGAGGACGCAGUGCAGCCUGCGGUGCUCCAGGUGGACCAGACCGCCUAAGUGCACAGCCCGCUGGGCCCAGCCUGUGCUUUCGUUUAAGUGGGUAACCAGAGUGCAGACAGCCUCUACACACCUCCAGCACUGUCCAGUCUCUGCUGUGUCCUUGUCCAAGCAGCCACCAUUUACGACAUAGUGUGCACACACGGCCAAGAUUUACUCUGAAGGCAACCUGUCAGGAGCUCUACUUCUAACUUGUUCUUAGGUUCUAUUUUUGUAGAAUUUCUCCAAGACUGCAUGGAAGAAGAAAUGGAGCAGCUGCAAAACGCUGAUCAGUUUGGCUUAGUUAGAAAAACCAGAGGCUACUUAAGAUCUUAGUCAUGAAAUGUGACUCAUUUUUUGUCAUUCCAUAAGCUUGCUGAAUAGUGUACCAGUACCAUAUUGAAUUUCCACAGAACUCUGUGAAGCUAAUGAUUGUAUUUCAAGUGUGUGAUAUAUAAUAUACAUAUGUAUUUAAGCUAAAGACAUAACUACUUUAUAUUUUAAGGAAAAAAAAACCCACUUUUAAAAAAAGGUGAAAGAGAAGGUCCAGUUUGUUAUUCA